AUGGCGCUUUGGCCAUGGCUCCUGAUCGGCCUUGCUACCUCGCUGGCGACUGAGCGUCCAGAAGUGACUGCACCUCUGGGACGGCUUCGGGGCAUCAGCAAGGGAGAGGUCCAUGUUUUCCGUGGUGUUCCUUAUGCCCAAGCACCACUGGGAGAGCUGCGCUGGCGCCCCCCUGUGCCUUUCCUGCCGUGGCAGGGUGUACGUGAUGCCUCCCACUAUGGCAAUCGCUGCAUGUCUGCGGGAGACAAGGAGAGCAGGGAGGAUUGCCUCUUUUUAAAUGUCUACACGCCUCGCGAGACCUCUGAGACCACUUCGCAACUGCCGUGUGGCUUUGAAUAUGGGUCCAGCGACCUCUACAACGGCUCCAGCUUGGUGAAUUUCUGGCGCUCCCAACAGAGUCCCGCCCUGUUGGUCACCAUCAAUUACCGCCUGAAUAUCUUUGGCUUCCUCGGCAGUGACAAGUUGCGAUAUCGUGACCCUUUGAGAUCCACGGGGAACUAUGGAAUUCAGGAUCAACGUAUGGCUCUGCGCUGGGUGCAAGAGAACAUUGGAGCCUUUGGAGGAGAUCCAAAGAAGGUGACGAUCUUUGGACAGUCGGCUGGUGCUGCCAGUGUCUCAGUGCAUUUGUCCAUGCCCCAAUCCUUUGGUCUCUAUGCGGGCGCUCUCAUGGAGUCGGGCGGAUUUUCGGGUUGGACAGCCCAGAGUAUGUCGCGCAAAGAACUUUGGUUUCAGCGGCUGAUGAACCAGACACAGUGCCAGGAUUCGGACUGUCUCCUGACACUUCCUACAGAGGAACUUUUCUCAGCGUACCUGGCGAUUCCACAGGGCAGGUGUUGCAACGAAAGUUUGUUGGGAGAUCCUUUCAUCCCUUGGGCUCCAGCCAUUGAUGGGGUGGAGCUGCAAGCCCACCCACUGGACCUGCUGCUAGAAGAGAAGGUGAACCAAGUCCCAAUGGUCAUUGGCAGCACCGUGGACGAUGGGGCAGGUUUUUUCCGGAAGGACUACAACUUGAGCGGAGCCGACUUCCUGACGCUCUUCGAAAGCAAGUACAAGUCUUCCCGAGCGCCAGCGGAGCUCUAUAGCUCGGAAUCUCACGACUGUGUGCCCGGCCUUGGUGAUGGCUGGUGGUCUGCUGAGCGAGUGGUCACCGACCAGAACUUCUUUUGCAGCAGCCACUUCGCCCGACGCACUUUGGCGCCUUCAACACCAAUCUUUGGGUACCUGUUUGCCCACUCUAAGGGUGGCAAUCCGGUUGUGACACACUCGGAUGACUUGCCGUUUGUUUUCAUGGACUUGCCGAAGAAUGCAUCUUCUGAAGAUCAUCAGUUGGCUGCGGAUGUGGCAAUGUCGUGGAAUCGCUUUGCUGCUUCGGGUCAGCCAGAUGCCCCAGAUGCCUGGCCGCGGCAGUCGUCGAAGGCUGCUCCCAUUCUGAAGUUCCAGGUUUCAUCUAAGGGUGGCAAUCAGGUGAUGGAUGGCAAUUUCCGAGAUCAGCAGUGUGCGUUCAUGAUAAGAUGGCUCAACAGCACCCUUCUCGAUGAUUUCACCGCAGCUACAAGCGUUGCCAUUUGUGGUCUCGGUGCCUGCUUGAGCUCCCUAUUGGACCUUCCGGGCCGAGUGGGCUGUGAUGGCCCUACCCAACAACGGGCAGCUGCUGUGAUUGGCACAGAACGCGGUGCUGCACCAUGCACUCCGCGCGCGCGGCUCAAUGGAGCGGCUGCGCUGUGUGCCGCUGCAGCAACGUGGGCAGGACAGAAAACGCGCCGGCGGGGUCGCUUUAUGGCCAGGAGGGUGAAAGCUGCCAAUGUCGCAAGCCUCGAAGGGCCCAAGAUGUGCAUCGUGGUCUUCGGAGGCACUGGCUACAUCGGCCGUGCUGCUGUACUUGAGCUAGCCGCCCGCGGCCAUAAGGUGGUGGUCUGCACCCGCGGCAGCUCUGGCAUUGGCGGCAAGCAAUCUUUGCAGGACGUCCAGGAGUCCUUCGCUGGUCAAGGUGACAUCACUGUGAUGGAGGCGGACGUCACCGAUCCGGCUGCCUUGGACAAGCUCUAUGGCUCCUUGCAAGCCCAGGGUGCUGUGUGCUGCCUGGCGAGCCGAUCUGGUGGGCGCCAGGACUCCUUUGACAUCGACUACCAAGCCACUGUGAACUGUGUUGAGGCUUCUCGAAAGGCAGGCCUGCAGCAGUUUGUGUUGCUCUCAGCAGUAUGUGUUCAACGACCGUUGCUCGCCUUUCAGGAAGCAAAGCUACAGGCUGAGGCUGAGCUCUGCAAAGAAGGACAGGAGAUGGCCUACUCCAUUGUUCGACCCACGGCAUUCUUCAAGUCCUUGCUGGGCCAGGUGAAGGGCGUGAAAGGCGGCGCUCCCUUUGUGAUGUUUGGUGAUGGUACGGAGGUGAGAUGCAAGCCGAUCAGCGAAGAGGAUUUGGCGUCCUUCAUGGCAGAUUGCUUCUGGGAUCCUGCGAAGAAAAAUCAGAUCCUUCCGAUUGGUGGCCCUGGCCGUCCGCUUAGACGGUCGAUCUCUACCUGCCUCGCAAGUGCUCAGAAGCAUGGCAGCGAUUGGGGUGGCCAGGAGUUGGGGCUAGCCUUGUACCAACCAAAGCUGGCAAUGGACAAUCCUUGA